AUGGAGGGGGCCUCCACCUCCUCCUCUCCGCCGACAGUUUCUAUUGAACGGCAAACUCCUCUAUCCCCUCGUCAUUCAUGGCGAAGCUGUUUUGAAGGAAGUGACGCUACCUCCUUUAUUAAUCUGCAGUAUAUUCCUCCUGGUGAAGGUUCGAAGGUUUCUAUCACGGAAGAAGAUGUUGCAGAUGAAAUACUUUACUGGACAGAUUCAGUUGUGGGUUAUGUGAUGGGUAAACGACCCUACUAUCCCCACUUCAAAGCUUUCAUUGAGAAGCAUUGGUCCAAGGAUGUUACAUUGGUUUAUCUGAAAAAUGGAUUUUUUAUGGUACGUUUUCAACACUCAGAUGAUGUUCAAAAGGUUUUAUCCUGUAUUCAUACCUUUGAAGGACGAGUGAUCAUCAUCAAAAAAUGGAGUAAAAAUGUUAUUUUACAGAGGGAAAAUUUUGAUACUCUGCCAAUAUGGAUUCGCGUCCAUGACCUUCCGGUUCACUGCCGUAAUUCAACUUCCCUUUCAAAGGUCUGCUCUCUUUUCUCAAAGCCAAUUUCCAUGGAUGAUCCGGCUUUGCAUCGAGAUAAAGAUCAAUAUGUACGUGUUAUGGUAGAGGUUGAUGUGCAUAAGGAUUUACCAGAAGAUAUGGUGGUUGAUUUCCAUGGGGAAGACUGUAAAGUUCAUGUUGAGUAUGAAUGGAAGCCAAUUGUUUGCUCUGUGUGUAAACGGGUGGAUCACGCUGUUGACAGAUGUCCUCAAAGGGUUUAG